AUGACAGAUUCGUUGCCAUCUUCUUCAUUCUUUUCUGAUUUUGGGCUGCUGUUGUAUUUGGAGGAGCUAAACAAAGAGGAACUAAAUAAAUUCAAGUCACUCCUAAAGGAGACCACGGAACCUGGGCGCUGCCUAAUACCCUGGACUGAAGUGAAGAAGGCCAGGCGGGAGGAUCUGGCCAACUUGAUGAAGAAAUAUUAUCCAGGAGAGCAGGCCUGGAGUGUGACUCUCAGAAUCUUUGGCAAGAUGAACCUGACCCAUCUGUGUGAGAGAGCAAAAGCAGAAAUCAACUGGGCAGCUCAGAGCACAGGACCAGAGGAUGCUAAAGCUGGAGAGACACAGGGAGAUCAGAAGGCAGGGCUGGGUGAUAGAACAGAAUACAGAAUUCAAAUAAAGGAAAAAUUUUGCAUCACAUGGGAUAGGAAAUCUUUGCUUGGAAAACCUGAAGAUUUCCAUCAGGGAAUUUCUCAAGAAGGUCAAAAACUAUUGGAACAUUUGUUUGAUGUGGAUGUCAAAACUGGUGAGCAGCCACAGGUGGUGGUGCUUCAGGGAGCUGCUGGAGUUGGGAAAACAACCUUGGUGAGAAAGGCAAUGUUAGAUUGGGCAGAGGGCAAUCUCUACCAGCAGAGGUUUGCCUAUGUUUUUUAUCUCAGUGGGAGAGAAAUCAACCUGAUGAAAGAGAGAAGCUUUGCUCAAUUGAUCUCACAGGACUGGCCCAGCAUAGAAGGCUCCAUUGACAGGAUCAUGUCCGAGCCAAGAAGCCUCCUCUUUAUUAUUGAUAGCUUUGAUGAACUGAACUUUGCUUUUGAGGAACCUGAGUUUGCACUGUGUAAAGACUGGACCCAAGAACACCCAGUGUCCUUCCUCAUGAGUAGUUUGCUGAGGAAAGUGAUGCUCCCCAAGUCAUCCCUAUUGGUGACAUUGAGACUCACAGCUUCUAAGAGACUAAAACCUUUGUUGAAGAGUCACUACCGUUUCGUAGAAGUACCAGGAAUGUCUGAGGAUGCAAGAAAGGAGUAUGUUUACCAAUUUUUUGAAGAUGAGAAUUUGGCCAUGAAAGCAUUCAGUUCCCUAAGAAACAAUGAGAUGAUUUUUAGCAUGUGUCAAGUCCCCUUCGUGUGCCAGCUCAUUUGUAGUUGUCUGAAGCAGCAAAUGGAGAAGGGUGGCGAUGUCACAUUGACCUGCCAGACCGCCACAGCUCUGUUUACCUGCUACAUCUCUAGCUUGUUCACAGUGAUAGAGGGACACUUUCCUAGGCUGCCCAGCCAAGACCAGCUGAGCAACCUGUGCCACUUGGCUGCCAAAGGAGUAUGGACUAUGACAUAUGUGUUCUACAGAGAAGACCUCAGAAAGUAUGGGUUAACUAAACUGGAUGUCUCAAUUUUUCUGGACAUGACUAUUCUCCAAAGAGACCCAGAGUAUGAAAACUGCUAUGUGUUCAUUCACCUACAUGUGCAGGAGCUUUUUGCAGCUAUGUUCUAUGUGUUGGAAGGCAGUUGGGAAGCCAGGGGGCAUGGGCAUUCCUUCCAGCCUUUUGAAGACAUAAAGCUGUUACUUGAAAGCAAAACUGAUAAAGACUCCCAUGUGACACAGAUGAAGUGCUUUUUGUUUGGCCUUUUGAAUGAAGAUAUAGCAAAACAACUGGAAAAAACUUUAAACUGUAAAAUGUCAUUGGAGAUAAAAUCAAAGGUACUUCAGUGGAUGGAAGCAUUAGGGAACAGGGAAACUUGUCCAUCACAGUUGGAAUGUCUGGAGUUGUUUCAUUAUCUGUAUGAGACUCAAGACGAAUCAUUUGUAAGCCAGGCAAUGAAGUAUUUCCCAAAGGUUGUUAUUAACAUUUGUGGAAAAACUCAUUUAUUUGUAUCUUCGUUCUGCCUCAAGCACUGCCAGUGUUUGCAGACCAUCAAACUGUCUAUAACUCUGGUAUUUGAGAAGAAGAUGUUAAACACAAGCCUCCCAGCUGAAACUUGGCAAAAUGAUGUUGAUCACAUUACUCAAUGCUGGCAAGAGCUCUGUUCUGUGCUUCAUACAAAUGAACACUUGAGAGAAUUGGAGCUGUGUCAUAGCAACCUUGAUAAAUUAGCAAUGAAGAUCUUUAAUCAAGAACUAAGGCACCCAAAGUGUAAACUAGAAAAACUGAGGUUGAGUUUUGUCACUUUCCCUGUAAGUGCUUGUCGGGGUAUCUCUAGUUCUUUGAGUCAUAACCAGAAUCUAAUGCAUCUUGACCUGAAAGGGAAUGAUAUAGGGGAUAAUGGAGUCAAGUUAUUAUGUGAAGCUUUGAAACAUCCAGAAUGUAAACUACAGAAACUGAGGUUAGAAUCCUGUAACCUCACUGAAGUUUGUUGUCUAGAUAUAUUUAAUGCUGUCAUCAGAAGCCAGAACCUGGUAUUUCUGAAUCUGUCAACUAAUAAUCUACUGGAUGAUGGAGUGAAACUGUUGUGUGAGGCCUUAAGAUAUCCAAAGUGUUACCUAGAGAGACUGUCCUUAGAAAGCUGUGGCCUCACAGAAGCUGUUUGUGAGGAUCUUUCUUUGGCUCUCAUCAGUAAUAAAAGGCUGACACAUUUAUGCAUGGCCAACAAUGCCUUGGGAGACAGUGGAAUAAAGUUUAUAAGUGAUGUCUUGCAAAAUCCGUGUUGUAUUCUACAGAGCCUUGUGCUGAGGCAUUGCCAUUUCACUUUGCUUAGCAGUGAGUAUCUCUCAACAUGUCUGCUACACAACAAGAGCCUGACACAUCUGGAUCUUGGAUCAAACCAGCUACAAGAUGAUGGAGCAAAGCUUCUGUGUGAUGCCUUUCGGCAUCCAAGCUGUAAUCUUCGGGACUUGGAAUUGAUGGGCUGUGUUCUCACUAGUGCAUGUUGUCUGGAUCUGGCUUCUGUUGUUUUGAGCAACCGAAACCUGUGGAGCCUGGACCUUGGGAAAAAUGAUUUGCAGGAUGAUGGGGUGAAAAUUCUGUGUGAUGCUUUGAGACAUCCAGACUGUAACAUUCAGAGGCUUGGGUUGGAAUGCUGUGGUUUGACCUCACUGUGCUGUCAAGAUCUCUCCUCUACUCUUAGCAGCAACCAAAGACUAAAGAAAAUGAAUCUGACACAGAAUGACUUACAAUGUGAAGGAAUUAGGAAGUUAUGUCAAGCCUUGAAAUCUCCUGACUGUAAACUACAAGUUCUAGGGUUGCGCAAAGAGGCAUUUGAUGAGGAAGCCCAGAAGCUGCUGGAAGCUGUGAGAGUUAGCAAUCCACACUUAAUCAUUAAACCAGAUUGUAAUGAUAAUAAUGAAGAAGAUGCGUCCUGGUGGCGGUGUUUCUGA